AUGAGGACACGGACAUGGAUCCACCUCCGACCGGUGCAAACACAGGUGUUUCUCGACGAGAAGCUGGACAGCAAUCCAGGCAAGACCGGGAACGUGCUCUCUCACACUGCCGUGCUCGACAGGAAUACACUGAUGGGACCUCUGCUCAUCAAUUGGGCCGCUGUGAGGUCCCGUUCCCAAAAUGUGAAGCUCCGAAAUUAUAAUAAUUCUCUUGCUUUCACCUCAAUGGGUGUUGAUAAGCAAGACAUGCAAGUUUGGGGACCUCAAGGGAUAUACACCUUUCGUAUUGGUGGACGAGCAUACCACCAAAUCGGGGCAUUACUUCCUGAAGCUGGAGAACAUCCCCGAUUUGCUCAAGUUUUCCUGGCGGGUCUGUCUGAAGCAGAACAGGCUGCUCAGCGAAACAUUCACAUCCGAGGGAGAGGUGAAGAGGGUGUUCUAACCCGCCUGGCUCAGAUGAUAGAAAGGGUGAACCCAUACUAUGCUGCUUUCAAGACUUUUCGUGACCGUGACAGGGAAUCCGAAGAGGACACACCAAUUCUGUAUCUUACGAUUCUGAAUCCUCUGCAAAACGACCCUCGCAGAUAUAACCGACCUACGUCAGAUGAAGUUGCAUGUGUAUAUGUUACUGAUGAAAAUGAACCGUCCCCGGGUCGUCACAUUCAAGUUUAUUUGCGAGGCGGUGGGGUUCGCAACAUUAGUGAACUCCACUCAGCAUAUCUUCCCCUGCACUUCACUCUUAUAUACCCACACGGAGAGCCGGGAUGGCAUCCAAGGAUCCCUUUGGCUGGGCAACCACUGGGAGAUGAUGACGAGAUUGACGCUAUGGGCGUGGAGGAUCUAAGCGAGUGA